UGGGUUACCACUGGUAAUCCUGUAUAAACAGAAAAUUACCACGUUAUUUACAGGUUCAAGUAUUCAAUUGUUGGUAGUAUGUGACUAUAUUAAUUUUCAAGGUGUUGCUGGUUGUGUUUUUUUUUUGAAAAUUAGUUUGUAGGCAGCUGUAAGACCUUUCAAUAUUCCCCAGAAUCAAGUCUUCCCUGCAUUGCAGCAAUAGAUUCUAGAUGGCAUUCAGUGGAAAGUACGAAUUGGAGAGUCAAGAAAACUUUGAGCAGCUCAUGAAAGCUCUCGGACUUUCAGAUAAUACAAUUCAGAAAUAUAAAGACCUCGGCAGAGUUAUUGAGCUUACUCAAAAUGGGAAAUCAUUUCAAGCUAUUUACAAUUAUGGCAGCAAAGCAAUUACCAAUGAAUUCACUAUUGGACAAGAAAGUGAGUUUGUAACAUUCACAGGGCAUAGAGUCAAGGCUUUGGCAAAGAUAGAAGGUGAGAAUAAGCUUGUCAUCACAAUGGAUGGACUGACUGCAGCCAUGGAGUUGAGUGGAGACAAAAUAAUUGAAACUCUGACUAAUGGAGAAACUACUGCAAAGAAAAUUUGGAAAAGAAUUUAAAGUGUACAAAACGGAUUUGAACACCACAAAGCCGACGCCGCAUGGUGUCAAAUUUGUAUAAUUGAAAUGAAAGCAAUGGAAUUAGAUUAAUAGCUGUGAAUGAAUUAUUACUAGCAUAUUUCUUUAUAAUGUAAUAUUUUUUCAUCCUCUAUCUAGAUUAAAUUUGGAAUAAACACUUACAGUCAAUCCAUGAAAACCCCUUGCCUCUUGGCUGCGAUUAAGUUGUAGGGAAUCUGGGAUGAAAAAUUGGCAUUUGAAACAAUUCUAACAUGCAUAACAGGAAAGACAUCAAGUUUAUGAAAAAGAUUUCUUUUGUGUGAACUGAAUAAAGACAGGUGGUUUUAUGUAAAGCAUGUAGCCAGCCAGAACUGCAUUUUCAUAUCAUAGUUUCAUUCUCUUGAAAUAGUCAAAUGUUUUCUUGCUAAACUGUUCUUGUUUACUUAUACAUAUAUGCUUAUUUGAUUUUACUGCAUAUGAAUGAUGCAUUUUUAUUGAAUCAUUAAAAUAGAUCAAGUAACCCAUGAAAUGACAGAUCAUUAAUUAUUAGUGGUUCAUUACAGGUUGAAUAAAAACAAAUCUCACAGUUAACCCUUUACUAUUAGUCUAUGGUCAAUCACCUGAUUUGAGUCCCUCUAUUACAAAUUCAGAGACAUUAUUGCAGUUAACACUGACAUCCGUGCCAAACUAAAAUCUUAAAACCUAUUUGGUUGUAGCCCAGCUUCUAUAGAGUUACUCGGAGAUAAAGUGACUGUUAUAGUAUUUAAUUCAUGCUCAGAAAAUAAGGUAUUUAGAAAGUUGACUUUCCCUUUUAAAAAGUCAUAAUGAAAAGUCAAACCGUAUUGGAUACAUAGAGUUACUAAAUAUUCAUAAUUUUUUUUCCAUUUUAAUCAUGACUACUACCAAAAAACAGUCAUCUUCCAGAUUUGUUUACUGUCAAUUGUGUUGAGGAACCUGGACAAUGGUCAAGCCAACUCUGCCACCUGCAGGCCAGAUGUUCAUUGAGAGGACAUCGGAAUUAAAGUUAAUAUAUUAAAUUCUUAUUUUAGUAGACUGUGGAUAAUAUUCAAAUUUUUAUAAUUUGAUUUAUAAAAGAAAUCAUUUUUCACCUGUCAAGCAUUGAAUUGUAGUGGUAUUUUAAAAGUUAAACCAAAUAACACUUUUCUUCAUCAAGUUCUACUCUUGAUGUUUUGCAUUUAACUUAUGCACCAAAACUAAUUUGAACUAUCAAAUGAUUUGAAUCAAUUUGAAGCAGUAUUUUAAAAAAAGCACAAUGAAGUGGAAAUCUUUGAAGUAUCAUAACAUUUGAGUUAAUUCAUGAACAUAAAUUGUAUAUUUUUGUCAUUGGUUUACUAUCUGGAUUGGUAAUUAUUUAAUAUUGCAGUGUGAAAAUAAAAGUAGUUAUAUUUUUCUGUGAUUGCUAUUGCAAACUACCCAGUCAUGCCUUCCCAAUUCCCAAAAUAAAAACUAAAAUAUUCUAUUUGAAUGAAUUUGCAGAUGUUGCGCUGUGUGUCAACACUGUUUAAUCACAAUUACCGUUCAAACAAUCAAAUAAUUAAGUUGGUUGCGCCCUGAAGUGAUAUAAAAUCCCCAAUUAGACUUUGGUUUAUUUCUGGUGUGUGCUAUCUUGAACAGGUGACUUAGGAGGAGAAGUUAGCUUUGCUUACCUUGAUAGCAAAACAAUGAACAACAUUGUGUCAUUUAAACUGAGAUGAUUUCCACAUAAAUAUAAUUAUUAAAGACAUUUGCCCACCAGGAAAGAGGCUUUGACUUGAAUUUGAUUUGUUUAUGCCAAUGACUAUGAUUGUUUAUUCAUAAAUAUUCUUUAUUAAACAAAUAAAGUUAACAAUGGGCAUUACGACUCUG